AUGCAUGCAUGCUCAGCGAUAAUUGAACAUAGUCUUCAUUCAAUUCAACAAACAUUACAUUAUCUUAUCUUGUAUGGUUCUAGUCAAAAUAAUUCUAAUAAUUCUAUAUAUAUAAAUAAUGAUCAACUUUUAUCAUUAAAUACAAUACAAUUAUUUAUUUCAUAUAUUCAUACAUACUUACAAACAAAUGAAAAAGAAUUUUUAUCAAAUAUUGAUCUUACUCAAGGCAUGCAACCUAUAUGGCAUCCAUUACUUGAAUAUCGUCAACCAAAUAUACGUAUACUUAGUUCAUUUGUUAAACCAAUUACACUAUCAUAUGCAUCACCAAAUGAAAAUGAAGAAUAUAUAUAUUAA